CCCGGCCCCAAUCACGGCGGCGGCGGCGGCGCGGACGGGGCAGCGGCUGCGGGCGGGCCGGGCACCCCCUCCUCGGCCGGGCAUCCCCCUCCUCGGCCGGGCACCCCCCGCCUCUGCCGGGCACCCUGCGGGCUCCCCCCGCGGGGCGCGGGGCAGGGGAAGAUGGCUGGGGCCAUCAUCGAGAACAUGAGCACCAAAAAGCUGUGCAUCGUCGGGGGGAUCCUGCUGGUGUUCCAAGUCAUCGCCUUCCUGGUGGGAGGGCUGAUCGCUCCCAGCCCCACUACAGCUGUUCCUUACACGUCGGUGAAGUGCAUUGAUGUGAGGAAAAACCACCACAAAACCAAGUGGCUGGUGCCCUGGGGAAACAACCCCUGCGAUAAGCUGAAGGACUUUGAGGAGGCGGUGAGCAGGCAGAUCGAGGCCAACGACAUCGUGUUUGCCGUCCACAUCCCCCUCCCCAAGAAGGAGAUGAGCCCCUGGUUCCAGUUCAUGCUCUUCAUCAUGCAGCUGGACAUCGCCUUCAAGAUGGACAACGACCUGAAAGAGAAUGCAGAGAUCACCCUGGACGUGUCCCUGGCCUAUCGUGACACAGACUUUGAUGACUGGAAGGAAAUAGCACGUGCCAUCGAGAUCAGGAAGCUGAAGUGCACCUUUGGCUCACCAAAAACCCUGGACUCGGAAGGGCGUCACUAUGACUGCGAGUUCCUGCCCUUCAUGGAGAUUGGGAGCGUGGCCCACAAGUACUACCUCAUCAACAUCCGCCUCCCUGUCAACGAGAGGAAGGGCAUCAACGUGGGCAUCGGGGAGAUCAAGGAUAUCCGCCUGGUGGGUAUCCACCAAAAUGGGGGCUUUACCAAAGUGUGGUUUGCCAUGAAGACCUUCCUCACCCCCAGCAUUUUAAUCAUCAUGGUCUGGUACUGGAGACGGAUCACGCUGAUGACACGCCCUCCUGUCCUGCUGGAGAAGGUCAUCUUUGCUCUGGGAAUUUCCAUGACAUUCAUUAACAUCCCUGUGGAGUGGUUUUCCAUCGGAUUUGACUGGACUUGGAUGUUGCUCUUUGGAGACAUUCGACAAGGCAUCUUCUAUGCCAUGCUGCUGUCCUUCUGGAUCAUCUUCUGCGGGGAGCACAUGAUGGACCAGAAUGAGCGGAAUCGUCUCUCAGGGUACUGGAAGCAGGUUGGACCCAUCGCUGUUGGCUCCUUCUGCCUCUUCAUCUUCGAUAUGUGUGAGAGGGGCGUGCAGCUGAAGAACCCCUUCUACAGCAUCUGGACCACCGAGGUUGGCACGGAGCUGGCUAUGGCCUUUAUUAUAGUGGCAGGGAUCUGCCUGUGUCUCUAUUUCCUCUUCCUGUGUUUCAUGGUCUUUCAAGUGUUCAGAAACAUCAGUGGAAAGCAGUCGAGCCUCCCAGCCAUGAGCAAGGCUCGCCGCCUUCAUUAUGAGGGGCUGAUUUUUAGGUUCAAGUUCCUGAUGCUCAUCACCCUGGCUUGUGCAGCCAUGACCAUCAUCUUCUUCAUCGUCAGCCAGGUGACCGAAGGCCACUGGAAGUGGGGGGCCAUCACGAUCCAGGUGAACAGCGCCUUCUUCACCGGCAUCUACGGGAUGUGGAACCUCUACGUCUUCGCCCUGAUGUUCCUCUACGCGCCGUCGCACAAGAACUACGGUGAAGACCAGUCCAAUGGUGACCUGGGGGUAAACAGUGGGGAAGAGCUUCAGCUGACCACCACCAUCACCCACGUGGACGGGCCGACGGAGGUUUAUAAGCUGGCUCGCAAGGAGGCUCAGGAGUGACACUGGUGGCCUCAGCUGGGACCCUGAGCCGGGUGGAGAGCAGAGGACCACACGUCACCCUCCAUCAGGAGACCUCUUGGACCUACCCUGCUUCUCCAGCACCCCGUCCCUAGCAUGUUUCCACCAAGCGGUGACACGGAGCAGAGCGUUUGUGAACUCUUUCAUAGGGUGUAGUUAUUCCCGGGGGGAGGGUUGUGUAUCUUGUGCGACACUCCAGCACGUAGAAACCUGCCAGCAGAGCAUUAAGGUUGCAAAGUCACCCGUUCAGAGGUCAGGAAGGGGCAGAGCUGACGUGGGGCAGUUCCUGUUUACCUGCUGUGUGCAGGGAGCUCCAUCAGGCAGCACGUGCCCAGCCCCUGGAGUCUUCUUCUUGCAUCCAACUUGAAAUGAGGUGUCGGUGGGAAGGAACCAAAGCUGAUUUUAAAAAAGAUUUCAUUCCACCAUCUGUAAUUGCAUUGAACUUUGCCUGAGGUUGUUAGCACAGCCCUGCAACUCCCCAGCAAACCUCUGCCCUGGGCAGGAAGCGUGGCCAGGAUGGGGAGGAGGCUGCUGGCAACAAAUAAGGCUUUAGCAGAAGCAGUAACACGUCCUCAGUAGGUUCUCCAGCUGUUUGUUAAGUACAGGGGAAUGUAAAAAUGGGAUUUCUCAGGCGAGUUGCAGGAGAAGGGAGUGCUCCUGUCCUGAGUCCCCAAAGGUGCCAGACUCACAGCCAGCUCCUGCCUCUUACAGCCCCUCUGGCUUCCUUCACUUCUGCCCAUUUCCUCCGUCCAACCCUUUUGUUACAGUUAAUUCGGUUUUUUGACUGCUCAGGUGCCAUGGGGAGAUGGGAAAGGCCCUUGGAGGGACAGUGCAUUUCUGCUUCCAGUUCCUGUGAGCUGGGCAGGCCUGCUCUUCCCUGCACUGUUGGGGUGGGGCACAUCUCUUGGAUGAGAUGGAUUCUUCCAGGGAUUAUCCCACUUGGAAAGAUCUGCUUGUCACACACUAAUGCAAAUAUUUGGCUUUGCAGAGCAAAAGCAGGCAGUGAGGUGCUUGCCCCAUGCUGUGCCUGGGGGGAGCCAGCUGUCAGACUCUUACCAGUGCAAGGAGAAUGGGAACCAGUAUGGGAUGGAGGAAUAAACUGGAGCAUGCUAGGGACCAGUUCAGAGAAGUAUUAAUGGCUUGUGCUGGAAGAAGUGUGGCCAGAAGUUCUGUGGUGCUCAGGGCUUGGAAAAGAACCUGAAGAUGCAGAGGUUUUCACCUCUAGUGACUAGUAAAUGCCUGUGUUAUUAACUGCUUGUAGAUAUGGAGCUCAAACUCCCAGUUUUGUCCCUAAAAGAUAAAAAUCUGCUGGUGCUGCCUUUGCUGAAGGGGCAGAGGUUAGGGAGAGAGUAGGGAGGCUUCCAAAGCCGCUGGCAGUCCUCAUGGGUCCUGGCACAAAGCCUGUCCUGGACAAGGCAGCACGUUGAGCUCAGACUCUUAAACAUCUACAGUUGCCCAUCAGUGGUUAGAGUGCUAGGGCUGCAAAGUGACAGGGUAAUUAGGAAGUGGCAGGGGUGGGAUGGCUGAUGGAACAGGCAUCCAGUGCCUGUGUUAACCGUGCGACUGAAGCCCGGCCCUGCUGCUCUGCUCCUGAGGCUGGGGCUCUGCGCAGGCUUCGAGGCAUCUGGGGCUCUGGUUUGCUCUGGGAGAUGCUGGUUCUUCACAGUUCCCACCCCAGGGAGCAGCUGGUACUCACUGAUGCCCGUGCCUGCCUGCCCCUGUGCACCCACCCCGCUGUCUGCAGCUCCAGGGGCAACUCCAACCAUCCCUGGCACCAUUUCAGGCAUGUUGGGAACCAAAUACAGCACCAGCUGCCCUUGCCUUUUGCUUCCCCUUCCUUGUGUUUCCCAGGACAAGUCAGUACCUCAGCUGGGGUGAGGUGUGCCAUUAAUUCUUCCUUAUUUUCCCAGUCCAGCUGGGAAUGGGGCUGGAAAUCCCUGGUGUGCUGCUGUGUCUGGGCACCUGAAGUCACUGUAGCACAUGAAAAGUGCUGAAAACGACUCAAGGAAACAGCUCUGGGUGAUUUUUAUAAUUUUUUUUUGCAUACUUGAACUGAAACAACAUUUUUAAUAAGUUUGGGGGUUGUCAAGGCUGGAAUGCUGGAAGGAAAUGUAGUUUAAAUUAAAAAAAAAUGAAAAGGAGGGGGCACACUUCUUGGAAUAAGCACUGGGAUGGCAAAAUGUGACUGGUAAGCAGCUCACAUAAAGAAAAGAAGGGCUGGUGGGUCCAAGCAAUGUUCCUGCUUGCAGAGCUGUUCCAUUUAAACUAAUUAAUUAACACACAUGGUCGGAACUCCGGCCUGGUCCUGGCUGGGUGCUUGACUUUGCAACUUUAAGGUCCUUUUUACCUGGGGUUCUUACGUGAUAUUUAUGUUGUUCUUCUGAUAGAUGUGUCCGUGGUUUCUUUUCCAGCUUAGUUAUAGUGUUGCAUUUUGUAAAGGCUCCUUCCAGAAGGGGGGUUGCAGCUUUCAAACCAAACUCUGUGUCAAACACUAACACUGUUUACGGGGGGCGUGUGUGUGCGUGUGUGGGUUUGUACUCCUUAAUUCCUAAGCCCUACUCAUACGUCCCAGAAAUAGUCCCUGGGUCUUAUUAAAAUAUAUACCUUUUUUUGUUUGUUUGUUUAGGUCAAGUUCAGUUUUUACAGAGUGCUUUAAGCAACCUGGAAAAUGUGUAGUUUUGUUAAUUGAAAUAAAAUGCAUAAUAUUGUG